UUCAAAGAGAUCUAAAUUGGGUUCUUUUGAACCAGGAUUGGUUCAAAAAGACCUAAAUCAGGUUCUUUUGAACCAGGAUUGGUUCAAAGAGACCAAAUCGGGUUCUUUUGAACCAGGAUUGGUUCAGAGAGACCUGAAUCAG